AUGGAUACAGUUAUAUCGACUAUAAGCUAUAUACGAAAAAAUGGGUUAGCUCAUCGACAAUUUCAACAGUUUUUGGAAGAAAUUGAAGCUGAAUAUGUUGAUGUUAUUUAUUUUACGGAAUUUCGUUGGUUAAGUAGGGGUGCAGCUUUAAAACGUUUUUUUUUUACUCUUAGAGAGGAAAUAAAUAUAUUUAUGAAUGAAAAAGAAAAAAAUGUUCCCCAAUUAUCGGAUAAAAAAUGGAUAAUACACCUUGCUUUUUUAACUUACAUUGCCAGAUUUUUAAAUGAAUCAAAUGUAAAAUUACAAGGGAAAGAAAAACUACUACCGGAUAUGUACUCUGAUAUAAAAUCAUUUACGGUGAAAUUAAAAUUGUCUUACAAGCAUAUUGAAAAAAAAUUAGAUCAUUUCGUUUGUUGUAAAAAAGAAAUGGAAACAUUUCAACAAUGUAACUGGGAAGAAGUUAAAGUAAAAUUUAUGAGUAUCAUUGAAAAGUUACAAAAUUAA